AUGAUAAAGUAUCACAGGCCCUUUGUUCAGUUACCGAGCAUUGAUCAAGAAACGAUCAUGUCUGUUCAGGACGACAUAGCCAUCCUUCGCCCAUGGAUUAUGAAGCAGGCGCAUUUUCCUGAAGAUAUCGAUGACCAUCUCAUCAAAAGGUUCCUUGCCGUAUGCGAAGGCAGCCUUGAAAAGACCAAAGCAACCAUGGACCACUUCUUCUGCUUGCGGUCAGAGGCUCCAGAAUUCUUCACCGAGAGGGACCCACUACACCACAGGAUGCAAGAAGUAUUUUCUCUCAUUGACCUUUUGCCCCUACCGCAGCUAACGCCAGAAGGUUACAAAUGCUUCAUGUACAAAGUGGCUGAUCCAAAUCCGGAGAAAUUCUGCUUCAACGAUUACGUGAAAAACUUCUUCCUCGUCGGAGAUACCCGCGUCAAGACUGAAACCAAUAUACCAAAAGGAGAGAUCGUAAUAUUCGACAUGAAGGGAUAUUCCCUUCGACAUCUCACCAAGAUUCCGCUCGUAUCCGUGAGGAAAUACAUGCAGUACACCCAACUACAUUUCCACCAACCUGGAGCGACAACACUUUACGACUACGUUCCUCAAGAGAUUCUUCCCAGUGAAUAUGGCGGCAAGGCUGGAGCAGUUGCUGACAUAAAAGGUGAUAUUUUAUUUUUACGAAUAAAAAGAUACGCUCUUAAGAACUACCUUACUCAUUCAGUUAAUGCCUAG